AUGGGGUCCACCAGCAGCAGCAGUAGCAGCCCCCCGCUGUCUGACUACUCCAACUACGACUUCAUCAUCCGGCAUUACAACUACACGGGGAAGCUGAACCUGGGCCAGGACAAGGACAGCGGCCUCAAGGUGACGUCCGCCGUGUUCAUCCUCAUCUGCUGUUGCAUCAUCCUGGAGAACAUCUUCGUCCUCCUGACCAUCUGGAAAACCAAGAAGUUCCACCGGCCCAUGUACUACUUCAUCGGCAACCUGGCCCUCUCGGACCUGCUGGCCGGGGUGGCCUACAUCAUGAACCUGCUCUUCUCCGGGGCCAACACCUACAAGCUGACGCCGGCGCAGUGGUUCCUGCGCGAGGGCAGCAUGUUUGUGGCACUGUCCGCCUCCGUCUUCAGCCUGCUGGCCAUCGCCAUCGAGCGCUACAUCACCAUGCUGAAGAUGAAGCUGCACCACGAGAGCAGCAGCUCGCGCUCCUUCCUGCUCAUCAGCGCCUGCUGGGUCAUCUCGCUGGUGCUGGGCGGCCUGCCCAUCAUGGGCUGGAACUGCCUCCGCCACCUGUCCAGCUGCUCCACGGUGCUGCCGCUCUACCACAAGCACUAUAUCCUCUUCUGCACCACGGUCUUCACCGUGCUGCUGCUGUCCAUCGUCAUCCUCUACUGCCGCAUCUACUCGCUGGUGCGCACACGCAGCCGCCGCCUCACCUUCCGCAAGAACGCGUCCAAGGCCAGCCGCAGCUCCGAGAAGUCGCUGGCGCUGCUCAAGACGGUGAUCAUCGUGCUGAGCGUGUUCAUCGCCUGCUGGGCGCCGCUCUUCAUCCUGCUGCUGCUGGACGUGGGCUGCAAGGUGCGCACCUGCGACAUCCUCUUCAAGGCCGAGUACUUCCUGGUGCUGGCGGUGCUCAACUCGGGCACCAACCCCAUCAUCUACACGCUCACCAACAAGGAGAUGCGCCGCGCCUUCAUCCGCAUCAUGUCCUGCUGCCGGUGCCCGAGCCCGGACACCCCGGGCAAGUUCAAGCGCCCCAUCAUCGCGGGCGUGGAGUUCAGCCGCAGCAAGUCCGACAACUCCUCUCACCCCCAGAAGGACGAUGGGGACAACCCCGAGACCAUCAUGUCCUCUGGCAACGUCAAUUCGUCUUCCUAA